AGGCCCAAUUCUAUAAGCUGAUCCCACAUAAAAGCCGAACUAUUAGAUAUUAGCUAGGGUUUCUGGUACCAAAAACUCUCUCAUUUUAUCACUGCCCCUUUGCCAGCAGCCGCGCCACACUCGAGAGAGAGCUCGUCAACCAUGGCCGAACAGACCGAGAAAGCCUUUUUGAAGCAACCAAAAGUGUUUUUAAGCUCAAAGAAAUCUUCGAAAGGGAAGAGACCUGGAAAGGGAGGGAACCGCUUCUGGAAGAGCAUCGGUUUGGGCUUCAAGACUCCUCGUGAAGCUAUUGAAGGAACCUACAUCGACAAGAAAUGCCCAUUUACCGGCACUGUUUCGAUCAGGGGUCGUAUCUUAGCUGGCACCUGCCAUAGUGCUAAGAUGAUUAGGACAAUCGUUGUUCGACGGAAUUACCUUCAUUAUAUCAAGAAAUACCAAAGGUAUGAGAAGAGGCAUUCGAACAUACCUGCACAUAUUUCUCCAUGCUUCCGUGUGAAGGAAGGGGAUCAUGUCAUUAUUGGGCAAUGCAGGCCAUUGUCAAAAACCGUGAGGUUCAAUGUUUUGAAAGUGAUUCCCGCUGGAUCUUCCGGUGGUGGGAAGAAAGCUUUCACUGGAAUGUAAGCUGCGAGUGUUAUUCUGUAUUUUUGUCUGGGGUCGUAGGAGCCUAUGUUUCACUGUUAGAUUUCUUUUGUUAUUAUUUUUCUUUCCAUUUACUUCUUAUGUUUGGAUGCUGACAUCUGGAAUUUUGAAGAUAUCACUUGAAUAUGCUUGAAUUUUUGCAUUACUAGUAUAAUCCCAUUUUCAGAUAAUAAA